AUGGAUGAGGUUGCUAGGAACUUGGACCAGGAAGCAGCUGGAGAGCUUGUAGUUGAGGAACAGCUUGAACCGGAGGAAGCAUUGACCAUACCAACUGGUCCGGUUACAAGCCCAACAUUUGGGAUAAAGAGGCAAGUGGUUCUUAGUGUACUCUUUUUCCCUGCCAAGGUUUUGUCUCUUUGGGUUUUCCUUGGCACCAUGGUGUUCGAGAAGGAAGAAGAAGAGGAAACGAGCAAGGAGUCUCCCUUCAGCCUCAACGAAACCAUGAUGAAAAAAAUAAAGAAGAUGAUGAUUGAUGAGUUUGACCGGAGGGAACAAGUUAAAGAGGGAAAAAGGAAAGAGCCUAGAGGUCCGAUCCAUAUCUCGGAUGAGGAGCGGAGGAACGACCCUAUGACGUCAAGAAAGGUGGCUGAUGAUAAAGCUAACUUGUACUACAACAGCGGCCAUUCCUCUCAAGCCAGCCGGCGCCGCUCUAGGAAGCCGCGAGAUGAAUCCGACCGCAUGGUCGAAAACCUCGGAGGAUACAAGAUCCGAAUCCCACCGUUCCAUGGCCGCAACAGUCCCGACAAGUGCAUGGAUUGGGAAAAGAAGUGUGAGUUCAACUUUAACUUGCACAACAUCGCCAACAUCAACCGUGUCAAGCUGGCCGUCUCUGAGUUCAAUGACUACGCCCAAAGGUGGUGGGAACAGGUCGUGACCGCGAGACAGAUUGGUGGAGCUUUUGAGAUCACUACGUGGGAAGAAAUGAAAAGAAUCAUGAGGCAGCGGUUAAUUCCUAGCUUAUAUCAGCGUGAGCUACACUCUAAGCUUCGAAAACACAUUCAAGGAACCAAAAUCGUUGAAGAAUACUUCCAGGAGAUGGAGGUUCUGAUGUUGAGGGCGAAUGUGAUAGAGGACAGGGAAGCCACUAUGUCCCGGUUCCUUGGAGGGCUCAAUCGCGAGAUCCAUGAUGUUGUGGAGAUGAAAAACUGUGUAGGCUUGGAAGCUAUGCUUCACAAAGCCGUUCUUGCUGAACAACAGCUCAAGAGAAAGGCAUCCACAUGCUUUGGAGCUGAUCAGCGCCGGCCUAUGAACCCCAGAGACACCAAACCGGCUUUCACACCAAAAUUUGAGCCAAGAGGAACUUCAUUCAGUGAAGAAAAGGACAAGAGCAAGGCCAGUGCGACUUCUGCUCCCAGAGCCCGCAAAUUUAAGUGCUUUAGGUGUCAAGGCUUCGACACUGUGCCAGUACUAUGGCGGAUGGAAAGGAAGAUGAAGAGGAUUCGAACAAGAGUCUCUCAGCCUGAACAGAUGAAAAUCAAGAAGCUCAUGAGGGAUGAGUUUGACGGAGGGAACAAAUUAAGGCAGGAAAGCGCAAAGAGUCUAGAGAUCCAUCCAUAUCUCGGAUGA